GCUCUUGUGCAACCAACACCACCACCUCCUCCACUGAUUCACAGACUUCAAAUUCCCCCACAAGCAGCCCAUCAGCUUCCACGGUGAUCAGAUUAAUAACAACAAUAGCUUGUGAACACGCAGGAGGAGAUAACCGGCCGCUGCUCGUCCUCCGCGGGAUACUUGGAUAGCUACAGCAACAGGAUCCAUCCCUGCUCCUCUCUCCUUUUUUUGUGUCACGCCUGAUCCACACCUGUGUUUUCUACUUUGAGAACACCCGCUGCUUUUUUGUGUAACUACUUGGAUACCUGCGCGCUGUCCUUUAUAGCCUAAAUGACGGACUGAAUAUAACUGCUAUGACAGGGAAACUAGCGGACAAGCUCCCUCUUACCAUGAGCAGUUUAAUAAACACGAUCCCUGACAGUCUCUACCCAGAAGAGGACAUCCCGACAUCUAUGAAUAUUUUCACCAGUACGGAAUCUAUUAAUCACUAUUCACAGAUGAACACAGAUAAUAUCAUGGAUCUGGGCAUGGGAAGUGAGAAAGGAACGGCAGAGAUUCAGUAUGGAUCCAGCUUCCAAUCCAACCGAAGCGGGCAGACUGUCACCUAUCUGGGGAAGUUUGCCUUUGACACUCCUCCGUCAGGUGGCAUAGGUGGUUCUGGCUGGUGCUCUGAUAACAAUAUCAUCAGCCUUGUCAGUGCAGGAAUCCUGGGCGUUUCGCCAUCACCCGGCACGGUAACCACGCAGACAUCAUCCUCCGCAGCCAGCAUGGGCGGACAGACGUCAGAUAUGGAGCAAGUAUAUGGUCCACCACUGCCUGCCUAUUCCACCUGCAGUGACCUAUACCAGGAUCAGGUCUCCUUCCAUCACAGCCCUGCCACCAGCACGGCACUAGCCUACCCUGGCAAUGACUAUCAUUCCACAUCCAAAGCUUCCAUGGAUGGCAGCCUUUUCUCCAUGAUCCCUGACUACAACCUUUUCCAUCAUCAGGGGGAGGUUGGCGUGAUGGAGCACAAGCCCUUCCAGACCAUGGACCCCAUCCGAGUCAACCCUCCACCUAUCACACCCCUGGAGACCAUCAGAGCAUUCAAAGACAAGCAGCAGAUUCACCCAGGAUUCAUUGGUGGGCAGCAGCACCCUCCUCAGCACCACCCACCGCCACAGACUCUGACGCUCAAGCCUAUCCGACCACGGAAGUACCCCAACCGUCCCAGCAAAACCCCCGUCCAUGAACGGCCUCACGCCUGUCCGGCAGAGAACUGUGACAGACGCUUCUCUCGCUCAGACGAGCUGACACGUCACCUCCGAAUCCACACAGGUCACAAACCCUUCCAGUGCAGAAUAUGCAUGCGCUCCUUCAGCCGGAGUGACCACCUGACCACACACAUCCGCACACACACGGGUGAGAAACCCUUCUCCUGUGAGUUCUGUGGACGCAAGUUUGCCAGGAGCGAUGAGCGAAAGAGACAUGCUAAGGUUCACCUGAAACAGAAGGACAAGAAGCCAGCUGACAAAGGUAGUGGGGCAGCUGGGAGCCACAGCUCGCCACCCAGCUCCUGUGGGGGGCCAACAGUGGGAACAUCAUGACCGUCACUACGUGCACUUGGACUGGACCUUCACCAUGCCCCAUAAACAGACUUAAGAAGAAGGGACCACAUCCACUAUGAGAUAAAUAGGUGACUCUUUUCCUCUCUUUCACAUCCCCUGCUCUUUUCAGUUGUAUUCCUUCUAUUUUGAGAUGGAUGCCUUUAGUUUAAGUAAGAGGGGAAAGGCUGCUAUGCCCUUCUCUUUCAAGCAACUCAGAGCCUCAGCUACUGUAACACAGUGCCAACAC